AUGUCAACGUCUUCACUGCAUUGCGUUUUAUCGGAUUCUUUUUCUCUAAUCGCUGAUUUCGCCUUUUCUCCGAUAAACCCUUUCUUUUUCGAGGAGCCUUGUUCCUCACAUUACGGCUCUCUCUCUCUUCUCAUACCCACAGGUUUUCUUCCUCCUUCUACUGCCGAAAUGAAAGAAGAAAGAUCAAUUUCGCUUCGUCAGCUUAUGACUGAUGAAGGGCUCACUCCAUCUCUUGAAGACGAAAAGAAACGAACAAGUGUUAUUAAUCAGCUGCACAAGAUAGUGGUGAGAUGGAUUAAGGUUGUUGCCUGGAAACGCCGUCUUACUCAACAUCAGAUUAACGCCACCAACGCCACCAUUAUAGCCUAUGGAUCUUACGGUCUUGGGGAGGAUUUUUUCAUCGAGUUGCGUAAUUUGUUGAAGAGCAGAAGAGAAGUUACAGAGGUUCACUGUGUUAAAGAUGCGAAAGUUCCUCUCAUCCGCUUUAAGUUUGAUGGGAUCUUGGUUGAUCUUCCAUAUGCUCAACUUAGAGUAUCAUCCAUCCCAAAUGAUGUAGAUGUGCUGAAUCCUUUCUUUCUGAAGGAUAUUGAUGAGACAAGUUGGAAAAGUUUGUCUGGAGUUCGCGCAAACAAAUGCAUCCUUCAAUUAGUGCCUUCUGUAGAGCUAUUCCAAUCAUUGCUGCGGUGUGUCAAACUAUGGGCAAAGAGGCGUGGUGUGUACGGUAACUUGAAUGGAUUCCUAGGAGGGGUUCAUAUGGCUGUUCUUGCGGCGUUUGUUUGUGGAUAUGACCCGAAUGCUACACUGAGUUCCCUUCUGGCGAGUUUCUUUAACACAUUUGCGUAUUGGCAAUGGCCUACACCUGUGGUGCUGCUAGGGGAUGCUUAUCCAUCUGCUGCUUCUCCUCCAGGGUUAAUGCCCAUCCAAUUGCCUUGCGGUGCACAUCAGUACUGCCACUCCAACAUAACAAGGAGCACAUUUUACAAGAUCAUGUCUGAGUUUCUCCGUGGCCAUCAUUUCACAAAGGGUUACUUGGAACCUAACUUCAGCUGGAAGAAUUUGUUUGAGCCUUAUCCAUAUGCAAGCACGUACGCUUGGUUCGCCAAGAUACACCUCUCGGCUGCAACUCAGGAAGAUCUCAGUGAUUGGGUUGGUUUGGUUAAGUCACGUUUCCGCUGUCUUCUGAUCAAAAUAGAGCAAGUCUUUGGCAUCUGCGAUCCAAACCCAACUGAGUAUGUAGAAACGUAUACAAAUCAGCCAAACAUUGUGUUUUACUGGGGUUUACACCUCAGAACCAUAAAUGUUUCGGACAUGGAAUCUGCGGAGACGGACUUUCUCAAGAUUCUCAACAGCGGAAGCCUCCGGGGACCAGUCGGUAGAAUCAAGCUAUCGGUUGUGCAAGCAUCUCAGCUGCCUAAGAGUAAGAAUGGUGACUGCGAUAGCAGCAACGGAAGCAAGAAGAUGACAAGGGCUUGUUGGAGAAUCCGGGAAGAUAAGCAAUGCAAGAAAAACACCGGUUUAUGUGGUUGGAUAUGA